GAGGCCAUGCUGUCCCUGUCGAAGGAGGAGCGGCGGCGGCGACGGCGUGCCACCCUCAAGUACCGCACCGCCCACGCCAGCAGGGAGCGACUGCGAGUGGAGGCGUUCAACGUGUCUUUCGCGCAGCUCCGGAAACUCCUGCCGACGCUGCCCCCCGACAAGAAGCUGUCCAAGAUCGAGAUCCUCCGCCUGGCCAUCUGCUACAUCGCCUACCUCAAUCAUGUCCUCGACGUGUAGGGGGAUUUGUUGUCGUU